AGUUCUGAAAACCUUAAGUUUGAAGCGGCAUACAAACAACAAUAAGUUAAACUUGCACAGGUAUGAGAGAUCUGUACCAACCGAAAAUGUUGGAGAACUGGAUAGUGAAACGGGUCUCAGGUCCAAUUUCUGAUGCAGAGGUCCCGGCUCUCUCAAGCGAAGAAUCAGUAGUCCUGACCCUCACCAGUACUCCCUCCCCUCUCCUAGCAGCUGCUUCUCUAAAACUCACUAGAAUAAUGUUCCACCACCAGUCCGGAGAGGUGGAGUACCAAGGAAGGGUGUUGUUGGAGGGCGGCACCUACGUUAUCAGGAACUUUUUAGGAGAAACCAGUGUGGAGUCAGUGGAUCUGGCUGGAUCAGAGGAGGAGGUGGUGGCAAGGAUACGAGCCCUAACACACCCCACAAUACAGCACGUCGCAACCAGGGUUUUCACAGAGAUUUACUACAACGAACAGUGGAUGUUGGGUCUCCUGGUCCAGGGAGCUGUGUCUGAUCACAAGGCUAUAUUUGAUAUGUUUAUAUCUACUCUGGAGGGACUGAAAGAGAUGCUCCCCGACCCUGCGGUAAACACUAAGUCUUGUUCAAAACAUUCAAUAAAUAGAGUUAAGGGGAGUGUACUUGUUAAACAACAAAAAGGAGAAAACAGAGGGUGA